AUGCAUCGUAUGAUAAAUGUUAAUUUAUUUAAUUUAAUGUUUAUUGUUUUGUUUGAAAAUUACCAAUGGUCCUAUGUUAUAAAAUAUUCGAAUGGCCGUGGUUUGAAGACAAGCUCUCUACGUCGCCAUUUUUAUUGGGAAAGAAGCGUCCUAGUUGCUGUCGGGAUUAUUAGUGUUAUUUCUCGCCUGCACGGAGGACUUUUUCUUUGUUUUUAUACUGUUUUAUUUGACGUCUAGUUUCCAAGAUGACUGAUAAUUACAGUGACAAGUCUUCAGACGGAGGUGAAAGGGAUAGAGAAAGGAGAGGAAACCGGGACCGAAGUGGUAGUGGUAGGGGUGCUGCUGACGGAAAAGACAGAAAUAGUCGUAAUAAGGAUGGUGAAAGGGAUCGUAGUCCUCGUAGGAAGAAGUCAAAUAGAGUAUUUGUAUCAAAUAUACCUUAUGAAUAUCGCUGGCAGGAGCUGAAGGAUCUAUUUCGGCAACAAGUUGGUGAAGUUUCAUUUGUUGAGCUUUUUGUUGAUGAAGACGACAAACCUAGAGGUUGUGGAAUUAUUGAAUUUGCUAAUCCAGAUCUUGCUAAAGAAGCUGUUGAAAAAAUGCAUAGAUAUGAAUUAAAAGGAAGAAAAUUAGUCGUAAAAGAAGAUAAUGAUGUUGAGCGGGAUAAGUUUGGUAGAAUCUUGCCUAGAGGUGAACGAGGUCGUAGGCGGGAUGACAGACAAUCGGGAGGGUGGGGAGGUGGCGAUAUUCCAUCACUUGUCAAUGGCCCUCCUGUUGGAAGCCAAAGCAAAUGGGGAAACACCUAUGGCUUAUCUAGUCAAUUUCUUGAGUCUCUCAGCAUCAAUGGGCCUCUCGUACCAAGAUGUUUUGUCGCCAACCUCGAUUAUAAAGUUGAUGAGAAGAAACUCAAAGAGGUGUUCAGACUUGCUGGACGUGUGAUGUCAUGUGAAAUAUCUACUGACAAGGAGGGAAAGAGUCGAGGCUUUGGUGUUGUUGAGUUUGACCAUCCAGUCGAAGCAGUCCAAGCUAUAUCGAUGUUGAAUAAUCAAAUGUUAUAUGAGAGAAGGUUGUCUGUAAGAAUGGACAGAGUUGACAAGGGUGAUCUCUUCUCUAAAUUACCAGAAGGACUGAAAAGCGUUGGAAUGGGAUUGGGUGCGAAUGGUGUUCCAUUACAAGAUGUUAGCCGUAACUUACCUAGCUUGCAGCAGAACCCACCACAGGCCGCAGUGAAUCCACUGGCGUCAGCCGUGAACACACCAGCUCUCGCAGCAGCAGCAUUAGGCAUGUACCUUCAGUCUUCUCAGUUGAGGCCACUUCUCACUGCUGACCAAUCUCAGCCUACCCCCCCUCCACUUCUCUCUCAAAAACCACUCACAAGCCUAUAUUAAAGAAGUCCAUACCCCCUUAUUGUUUUGUUUUUAUCUAUGUUACUUUGAAUAGCAGGAAUACUGCUACUUUUCUUUUAUUAUAUAUAUUUUUAAUAAUAAAGGAGUCGUACAUCCAAAUUUAUUUUAGAUGGAUAUUGAUAACCUGUUUUUUUUUUUUUUUUUUUUUUAAUGUUAGAUUAUUUAUUUGUGUUCGUUUCUGACAAUGGCCAAUGUUUUGACAGCGAUAGAAUGAAUACAAUAUAAUUUCAUUUAUCAUACUGGUGCUAAUGUACUUACAGCUACGCAUCUGAGAAGUGUCAUUUCACUCUACCCAAACAUGAUUUAGCACCAUUUCAUUGUUAAUAGGUUUCCUAUCUGUUUUCUUCUAUUUUGUACGGGUAUAGUUUUAUAAAAUCGUCUUUUUACAGUUUUUAGUGACACUUUUAAGAAAGUAAAUAAAUAAAUAAAAGGAAUUUUAAAAGAUCAAUUAAAUAAUUAUGAUCGAGUUAAAACAUAAAAUAAUAUUUUGAGGCCUAUUGUAGACUCCAUCUUGAAAAGUAGCUGUUGAACACCUCUUUUUUUUCUUUGUGAUUUAUAUUCAGCAAUCUUGACUAUUGACUUUGUAGUAAAUUCGCAUUUUCAAAGAUAGUAUGAUGGAGCUAAGAACAUUAGAACAGAUGGCUUCUUCAUCCCAAGAAAUGGAAGACAGGCAUAGUGAAAUUAAAAUAGAUUUCAAAGCAAGGCUGAAAGCUCUUUAUCCUAUGGUAAACGAAGAUGAAACACCUCUUCCUAAAUCAUGGAGUCCGAAAGACAAAUUCAACUAUAUUGGUUUAUCCAAUGGAAACUUGAGGGUGCACUACAAAGGUCAUGGAAAAACACACAAAGAUGCAGCUAGUGUCAGAGCUCUACACCCUAUCCCAGCUGCAUGUGGUUUAUAUUAUUUUGAAGUAAAGAUUGUUAGCAAAGGUCGUGACGGAUAUAUGGGGGUUGGAUUAUCUGCCCAAGGAGUUAAUAUGAAUAGACUUCCAGGCUGGGACAAACAUUCGUAUGGUUACCAUGGUGAUGAUGGCCAUUCUUUUUGCUCUUCUGGGACAGGACUUCCUUAUGGUCCAACUUUCACUACUGGCGAUGUAAUUGGUUGUGGUGUUAAUUUAAUUGAUAAUACUUGCUUUUAUACAAAAAAUGGCCAUAAUUUAGGCGUCGCUUUUACUGAUUUACCUAAUAAUUUGUAUCCAACAGUUGGAUUACAGACUCCUGGUGAAGUUGUUGAUGCCAAUUUUGGCCAAGCUCCAUUUGUAUUUGACAUAGAAGAUAUGAUGAAAGAGUUACGAGCAAGAACAAGGUCGACAAUCGAAAAUUUUCCAAUUCAUGACAGCCAUGGAGAACAACAGAUGGUAUUGCAUAGGCUGGUUUCUUCGUAUUUAGUUCAUCAUGGCUAUUGUGCUACUGCUGGAGCAUUUGCCUCUAGCACUGGUCAAGAAUUCAAUGAAGAAAUAGCUUCAAUUAAAAAUAGACAAAAAAUUUUGAAACUAAUACUAGCUGGACGAAUGAGUGAGGCUAUCGAUCUUACUUGGAGACUCUAUCCAGGUUUGUUGGAAAGUAGACCCAAUUUAUUAUUUUUAUUGAAAUGCCGCCAAUUCAUAGAAAUGGUUAAUGGAAGUGAUAUUGAUUGUAACAAUAGGCAUAUUGCCCAUACUUCUGUAAUUCAAUCUACAAACCCAUUCAGAAACAUUGCUGAGGUCAAUGGAUCUUUCGAUUCUACUUCUGAUACAAUCAAUUCAAGUGAGAAAAAUUCAUGCAAUGGCCUGCAAAAUGGUUAUGUUUCAGAUGAUGUUUCAAUGUGUAAUGAUUUAGGUAGCGGCUUAAGGAAAACAUGUGGAAAUCGUAAUGCAAUUGAAAAAAUUUUAGAUUUCGGGCGCGAACUGUAUAAUUACAGCCAAAUGUUAGUUCAUGAAAGUGGAUCAAAUGUUCAGAAUAAGAAGAUGCUUCAAGACGCAUUCAGUUUAUUAGCUUAUGCUAAUCCUUGGACUAGCCCUCUUGGUUGGCAAUUGGACCCUAUUCAGAGGGAAAAUGUUUGUGCUCAAUUGAAUUCAGCUAUUUUAGAUUCAAGUAACAUGGCUCGGAAACCUCCAUUGGAGAUUGCUAUUUCACAUGCCAAAGAGUUGAUACAAUUGAUGUCCAGAUCUGGUCUGGGUUCUUGUGCUUUUGCAAAUAUAGAUGAUAUUAUAAUGAAUUGAAUUUUUAUAAAACGAAGCAAUUGACACAAUUCAAAAUUAUUUUGAAUGAAUGUUUACUCAAUAUAAUCUGAUGGAUAAAACAUGUAUGUCCUUUUGCAUUAAAUUUGGUCAUACAUUCAAAUCUGCAGAAAAAAAAGCAAAGAGGUAAUUAACUUAUUGGUAUUUUGCAGUUUUUAUUCAGCAAUAUUGAAUGAAAAGUAUAUUAUGGACAUUAGUGAAGAAAUUGAUAAGAUAAUUAAAUGUAUCUUCUGCAAUGUUCAUUUUAUAAUAUUUUUAUAUCUGUCAAGCUAUUGUCACUAUUCCGAGUGCAGUGUGUAUUUUAAUCAAUAAUGAUCUAAUGAUAAGAUUGAACUUAUCAAUAUUUAACCUGUCUUUGUGACUAAAACAAACUUGGAAGAUAUUGUCAGCUACGAAAUUAAAGAAAAUUGUAGAAAAAGUGUAUUUGAUUUUAACGAUGAAAAACUAUUAUUUUUUAUAUCAAAGAAAUAAAAAUUAAAUCAUUAAGUUUUUUC